AAAUAACUAAAAUUCUGUAAAUGAAUUUGAUACGUUAAUGUUUUUAUCAUGAAAUUUCAGUCUUUCAAGGAGAAUAUAAAAACGAGUUUAACAUAGAUUAUUAGUAUUAUUAUUACUAGUAUUUGUUUGUGAGAAAGAUCAGUAAUUAACUAUGGGAUCUGCCUAUGGAAUCAUAAUAUUGAUUUGCCUACUUAAUGAAUCAAUAAAAGCAUUCAAAGCAGUUCCACUUUACAAGAAAGAAUUAUCAGAUGUGAAUGAAAGAGACAAAAGACUGAAAGCCAUGUUUAUUAGCUUUCAAGAAAGUAAACGUCAUAACAAUGAAUUUCAGCCAAGCGUAAACAGCACAAUAAUAAGUAGAGUAUGGGAACUAUUCAACCAUUGUUUUCUAACUUUUGAUAAUUUGGCUAGAAUUAUUCAAAAUGAUCAUGCAUUAAAAUAAAAGUGAAUAAUAUUAUGUGAACUUACUGAUAUACGGUGAAAUCCAAUUUUAUAAAUUAUUUCUUAUAGUAAAAAUUUUUUUGUUGAUAUUUCAAUAUUCAUACAAAAAUAAUCAGUGAAUUUAGCUAACGUCAUUGGGUUCAACUCCAGUCUCUGUAUUUUCUUUUGUAACUACAUAUUCUAUCCC